UAACCGGCUCUAAGAUAUUUUUGUUAAUUAUUUUACAGGUAUAGUUUGGCGUACACUCGAAGAUGCUGGUGCAAGAGUGCUCAGAGUUGCAGAACUGAGCUGCAAAGUGGUAGUUCGCCAAGGAUUCGAGAAAUUUGUUCUUAAGUAUGCAAGGAACAGAGGGAAUAGAAGGCAUCUGGAAAGAAAUGUUUUGCCUCGAUUCAUAAGAGUAUUAGAUGUUAGUGAGGGCUGUCUGUGUUUUGUGCUUGAAACAAGCUACCUUACGUCACUCAAUCAAUUGUGGACGAGCUACAAGGAUGGUUCACUGAAAGAAAAAUUCAAAAAGGCUAUCAAUGAGAUCGACGAAGUACGAGAAAUGUCUUACGGAACAGAGAUGGAUGUAUCUGUCAUGAUUGACGAGGAAGAAUACCGUGAAGCAUUCUGGGUGUUAGUUUGCUCCAAAAUUUCUCAAGGCGAGCUUCAACCGCGUGGUCAACAACGUCGUCAUUCGCUGUCAUGCGAACGAGAUUUAUCUGCCCUUGUCAAACCGGAUUUAACAUGGCAGGAGUGGAUAAUCUUAAACGAGACCAAGAACAAAGUGAUCCAGGAGACAAAAAGAAGAAAAGAUGCGGAAAAAGGAGCUGCAAAGCUGAGACCAGAGGUGAAACUGCAGAAAGUCGAUGAUGCGACAAAAGUGGAAACCGAGAAGGAAACUCCUAAGCUGCAAAGGCCUGAUAAACCUGAAAUGUGGACAAAGGUAGAGGAGGAAACACCAUAUGGUGAGAUACGAAAGAUAGAAAAGAAGAGUGAUGAUACAUUUCAAAAAUUAAAUGAACUUCGCGAAAUGAGUAUAGAGCUCGUCUGGAAGUUAAAACGGCUAAUUACCGCUGACGAUCCUAAAGAAAUGCAAACAUUCCGCAAACAGCAAGAAAAAGAAUUGCAAGAAGCUGUACGCGUAGGUAAUAAGGAGAGAGAGGAUAUUGUCUAUGAAAACUUAGGAAAGGCUUGUCAAUCUCAAGGCAGGUACGAUAAAGCAAUUUUAUAUUACGUUAUGCAAACAGAAAUGGCGAUCACGACAGAAGACAACACUUUCGUGGAAAAGGGGUAUCGCAACUUAGGAUCUGUUUGUCAGUCAAGAGGAAAUUACCAUAAAGCUACUGAGUUUCAUGAGAAAAGCCUCACAUUGGCUAAAAAGAUAGGAGACAGGAAAGUCGAAAUAAGUGCGUACUUGAAUUUGGGAGUUUCCUACCUCUCCCUAGGCAAAUAUCAUAAAGCCAUUGAACWUUGUAAGAAAAGCCUAGAGAUGGCUAAAGAUAUGGGAGACAGGAAAAUCGAAAUAAGUGCGUACUUGAAUUUGGGAGUUUCCUACCACUCCCUAGGCGAAGAUCAUGAAGCCAUUGAACAUUGUAAGAAAAGCCUAGAGAUGGCUAAAGAGGUGGGGGACAGGAAAGUCGAAAUAAAUGCGUACUUGACUUUGGGCGUUUCCUACCAUUCCCUAGGCGAAUAUCAUAAAGCUCUUGAUUAUUAUGAGAAAAGCCUAGGGAUGGCUAAAGAGAUGGGAGACAGGGAAGGCGAAAGAAAUGCGUACUUGAAUCUAGGCGUUUUCUACUACUCCCUAGGCGAAGAUCAAAAAGCCAUUGAAAAUUGUAAGAAAAGCCUAGAGAUGGCUAAAGAGAUGGGAGACAGGAAAGUCGAAAUAAAUGCGUACUUGAUUUUGGGUAGUCUCCCCCACAGCUGCAUUCAGUGUCGUCACGCAACGCUUUCUCCCCAGACUAGCGGCUGCUUUCCCAAGCAAUCAUUCCUUUCCUAUGAAUUACCCAAUCACGGCUUCGUUCUCAAAAACCUGGAACCACUCGCGCCAUAUCGAAAACAACAUUGGGUCGUUAGAAGAAGGCUUCGAGAGGAAGGCAUCAGAAAGACGCUAUACAAAAAAGCUAGAGAGAUUGACAGUCAUAAUGUAAGACARAUCAAGUCCACUGGAGUCCGUGAACGAGGCAAGGCUGUUCCUGUUCUCGAAGCGUAACAGAGACUUGGACAACAUUCCUCUAACACAGGUAUAACUCAGUAUUAACAGCAGAUUGUCAGUUAAAUCAACGAAUUAAUCAAACUGACUAUGAAGCUUUUUUAAUCAUGUCAGUGUUGUAAAUAUUUAUUUUACGUAAUAUACCGUAUAUACCGUAUAUCAAUCUUGUUGUAUUUUGUGAUUGUGAGAUUACUUCUUGAGUACACAGAAAAUAUUAUCAACAUAAAAUGUUAUAGCUUUUAUUCUUAAAUUUUUAACAUAACAUAACAGGAUGCACUUCUGCAGCAUGCCCGGAGGCAGUAUUCCUGAACAGGUGGCUUAACGCAAAAAGAAGGCUACGAUCUGCAAAAAUAAUGUGCCACUUUCCCCCCUUUCCCCCUAGCAAUGUUGGUCAAGAAAGUUUUCUGAAGCGGUUGGCUGGUAAAAUGCAUGCGAGACAACAUUGCUACGGGGGGAGAGGGGGGAUGGUCCUCCAGAAUACUAGGUGGCACAUUUUAUUU